AUGAAACUAAUCAACAACUUAGAAUUUCAAAGAUCAAUCAUCCACUCAUUAGGAGAGCACAUUAUAACUAAUCCUAUCUAUAUCUGUAAUCCUGUUACUAGAGAAUACAUAUUGUUACCAAUUUGUACUGAAAAUUGUUUGAAAGGUCGAAAUGUAUUUGGAUUUGGUUACAACGAUAAGACGAAUGAAUAUAAGGUGGUUAGAAUCUAUUUUGAAUCAGAGGAACAUACAGAACCAGGAAAAGUCCAGGUAUACACUCUUGGGGCUGGUACUGGGUGGAGAAACAAAGGGCAGGUAGCUUAUUCGUUGCAAACGAAUAAUUCUUAUUCACCGGGAAUGAAUGCAGAUGGAGAGGUUUAUUGGUUACACCAAGGUGUAUUGGAGAAACAUUGUGUCCCUGGUCAACCGAUUAAAUCAGACGAAGGUAGAGUUGUGGCCUUUAAUUUGGCGGAUGAGGUAUUUCGGUUGCUUCCUAAUCCGCCUUAUUACACUAUCCUUCCUUGUGGCAAAGAAUUUGCAGUUUUUGUUUAUCAUCAAAUCCAGGAAGAGGAUUCGUCUAAUUGGAGUUUGGCAGCCACCGUGCACAUCCAACGUGACAAUGUUGCGCAAUUCUUUGACCUUACAAAGAGUGGGGAGAUUUUAUAUUGGGAUGAUAAAAAAACUGCUAUAAGCUAUGACCCGAAAACCGCAAGUAUGAAAGAGCUUCUGAAUGAUGGUACUACUGGUUUGGAAGUUUUUGAAACGAUUUGUCAUGAGAGUAGCUUUGUUUCAUUGAAAGCGUUGGGAGAAGAGAAUGUGAAGAUGUUCGAUCGAAUCAACUGA